GUUUGUCGCCGGAAAGCCUUGUGUCUAGUGCGUUCCUCUCCUUCUCCCAGCUUCAUGUGAGCGAGUGAGAGAGAGAGAGAGAGCGCGCGCGCGCCCGAUCUGGGUUCGUCACACCACAAAAUGGAAGGCGGCCGAGUCCAGAUCGUAUCUCGGCGCAUGGUCAAGCCAGAUUGUCAAACGAGCACCCGGCCGCCGGAGCCUGAGACCGUCCACCUGACGCCCUGGGACCUGCGGCGGAUCACGGUGGACUACAUCCAGAAGGGAGUCGUCCUGCCCAAGCCUCCUGCCGGCGCACACGCCGUCGAACACCUCGCGUCGUCCUUCGCGCGCGCCGUGGGCCCCUUCUACCCCCUCGCCGGCCGCUUCGCCGUCGCGCCGGGGGCCACCGUCGACGAAGAGGCGCCGUCGCCUCGGCCCAGCCUGACGAUCUCGCUCCGCUGCAGCGACGAAGGCGCCGAGUUCGUACACGCCCUGGCGCCCGGGGUGACUGUCGCCGACAUCACCGGCCCGCUUCACGUCAUCCCACGGGUGGUCUGGUCCUUCUUCCCUCUCAGCGGGAUGCUCGGCGCCGACGCCGUCGUCGACCCCAGCCGGCCGGUCCUGGCCGCGCAGGUCACGGAGCUCGCCGACGGCCUCGUGGUCGCCAUGUCGCUGAACCACGGCGCCGCCGACGGGACCACGUUCUGGGAUCUGUUCAACGCCUGGUCGGGGAUCAGCCGGAGCGGCGGCGCUACCAACGGAGACAUCUCCACGGUGCCCCCACCUCCUAAGAGAUGGUUCCUCGACGGCUGCCCCGUGCCGAUCCCUCUCCCCUUUGCCAGGGUGGAGGACAUCGCCAGGCGGUUCGAGUACCCGCCGGUGCAGGAAUGCUCGCUCCGUUUCUCGUCGGAGAGCGUGAAGAAGCUGAAGGCGAAGGCGAACGCUGAGAUGGUCACCGGCACAGCCACCAUCUCCUCCUUGCAGGCGGUGCUUGCACAUCUAUGGCGAGCCGUGUGCCGGGCCCGUGGACUCCCGCCGGACCAGGAGACAACGUGCGCGCUUCCCGUCGGAUGCCGGACACGCGUGAAGGGCAUGCCGCAGGUGUACCUGGGCAACGCGGUGGCGGGCGCCGUCGGCAGGACCGCCGUCGGCGAGAUCCUGGGCGACGGCCGGCUGGGAUGGGCGGCGUGGCUUCUGAACCGGGCCGUGGCUGCGGCCGACGAGGCGAGCGUGAGGGACGAGCUCGCGGCGUGGCCUGGAAACCCCAGCUUCAAGUACGCUGCCGAUUGCGGCGGGGAUCCUCCUGCGGCGAUGGUGGUCACCGGCUCGCCGCGGUUCGACGUGUACGGCAACGACUUCGGGUGGGGCAGGCCGGUGGCCGUCCGGAGCGGCGCCGGGAACAAGCUGGACGGGAUGGUCACGGUCUACGAGGCCGGCGGAGGGACAGGGAGCAUGGAGCUGGAGGUGUUUUUUGACGUCAACAAUUCAGAUAUAAAGAUAUCCGGCGAUUCACGUUUAAUGGGAGAAGACAUUUUCAUUGACUACGAGGCGCUUAUGGAAGACACGGGCAACAGCCAACCCGUCGAGGAAGAGGAUAUUUCACCUUCCUCCGGUGAGUCUAUGCAGUCCAACAUGCCAGCCUUCAAAACUGCUCCUAGUGUGCAAGUAGAGCCCAGCAAAAGGGCAAAAAAGAAUAAGCCGCCCCAAGAGCCGGUUGUGACUGAACCAGAGCUGGGCACAGCUGCUCCUGAUGCCCCUGCUCACGAGCCGCCGCCUCAACCAUCUCAUAAUGCUCCUAUAUCUUCCUCUGACCCGCCUACUAAGCAAAUCUUCAACAAGUCUGGUAACCCGGAGGCUCCUAGCCCCGCCAAAUCAAGUGAUCUGGAAGUUGAGAUCCUCAAAACUCAGUUUGUUGAACCAGCACAGCCAUCUGUACUUGCCAAGUGUUCUAAAGAGGAGUUGGCCCCAGAAGCACAAAUCUCAAGGAGAACAUGGUGA